AUGAGCCCGAAAAUUUUCCUCUUCACCGUAUUCGUUGCUUUGCUGAGUGUUUCGGAGGCGAAAAAGUGCUACAAUUGCACGAGCUACGAUCCGCAUUGUGAUGACAAUUACGCGAGAUAUUUGAUUGAUUGUCCCCAAUUGACGGCUGGUUUGAUCAAGGCGCAGCAGGCGAUCGGAUGCCGAAAAAUCGAUCAAUGGGUCGAUGGAGAGCACACGAUGUUCAGGGAAUGCGCCUACACUGGAAAAGAUUACAAGGAUCGACAGCACAAGGGUUCACUCGGCAUCACCCGAAUCACGAAUCAAUGCUCGAACCGAGAUGGCUGCAAUCCGGCUACAAUGAAAACUUUCGGUUUCCUUUCCGUUCUCACUGUGAUUCUUGGUUUGAUUAGGUGG